AUGGCGGAAGAUGAAGCAGCAGCGAACACUGUGGAGGAACCACUCGAUCUCAUACGUCUGAGUCUGGAUGAGAGGAUUUACGUAAAACUUAGGAAUGAUAGAGAACUCAGGGGAAAACUCCACGUAAGUAUUUUGGUUCUAUGAUAUUCUGUGGACCGCCAUGCUCAGCUGACAACAGAGACACAUUUGAAACGGUUCAAAUCCUGAAUUAUGAAAGGUUUUGUCCUCUAAACAACAAAUUCAGCCCUAGAAAGCUCAUUUUCUGAUCAAAGUAGUCUGUUUGGUCUCCCAUCAGUGACAAGGUAUCAGUUGACAUAAAAUAGUCUCCAUAAAUCUAUCGAAUGUAGAAUUCGAGUCUCUAAGCCAAAGGGUCGUCUUUUAUGUAUAAAUAUUGGAAUGAUUCAUCAAAUGCAGAAAUGAAGAAAAACAAUAACACAUUUUCGUGUUUGAUUAAUUGCCACUUAAGCUUAAUCCAACGCCUAUGUAGCUGAACAAAUCUUAUUUCUUCUCAGGCAAAAUGAUUAAUAAGAUUUUUGAGAUUGAGGAAAUGAAAUUCAAGACUGCCAUUGUACGUAAAAUGGUGAUUUGAUAAGCGACUUGUCAACUCAAGGAAACGUCACAGGCUUCAAGUUAAAUUUUUACGCUUGUUUUUAUCUGGGCAAGUCCACUUGCUAAUGGUUCUUGGGUUUAACUCUUUCACUUACAGGAUCUGAAAGCUAAUUCUCCUAAUGGGUGACCGUACACUGUUUGGGUGAAUUUGAAUUCACAUCUAGACAAUGUCCUCAAUAUAAGUCUGUUGGUUCUAACUAUCUUUUAGUGUGAUGAUGUUCUGAGAAUGUAGCAAAUAAUCAUGUCCAGCCACAGUAAUGUCAAUUUGUGUUUCCAUAUUGUAUAGCGGGAAAUGUAUGGCAUUCAGAUUGAUAUACAUCUGAUUAACACCUUUCACUUUUAUGGAUAUGUAGUAUUCUUAAUUUCUUUCCAGGCUUAUGAUCAGCAUCUUAAUAUGAUCUUGAGUGAGGUUGAGGAAACCAUUACUACUGUAGAAAUAGAUGAAGAAACAUAUGAAGAACUCUUCAAGGUAAAAACUCAUGAUUCAUUCUGAGCAGAAUUUGACCAUAGACUGGAAACUACAGUAUUGCACCAAGCUACUUGAGUAAACUGCACAAUUCUUUAAACAAUAAUUUGGAAGACAGAUUGAAGUUGUAAACAGGGAAAAUAACAAAAUGAAGGAAUUCAAGGUUGAUAAAGAUUUCCUGAAAUAAACUUGUAAAAUGCUUUUUUGCCUGCUUCUUAAUUUGCCUCUCUUGGGGCAAAAAGACUUGUUAUGAUAGAUAAACAAGACUUGUAAAAUUGUCACCAUUUUGUUAACCCUUCAACUCCCGUGAGUGACCAAGACAGAAUUUGUCCUCACAAUAUUCAUACAAUAUCAAGCAGACAAGUGAUGAGAAUAAAGAGAAAUAUCAAUUAUGGGAUUAGUAGUUGAUCCAAUAACAAAUUCUCAUAACUAAAAUCAUAUGAAUUGUGUGACAGUCAUUUAGGAGAAUAUAACUAAUGAGAUCUUGGGAGUGAAAGGGUUAAAAGGUGACUGUAGUAAUGAGCAAAGCUCCUAUUAGUUUGAAUUUAUAUCUUUUAUUUUGUUUGCAACAGACAACAAAAAGGAAUAUUCCAAUGCUGUUUGUGAGGGGAGAUGGAGUCAUCUUAGUCUCACCACCAUUACGUGUUGGACUUUAAAAUCACCAAUAUGGCUGCUAUCAUCUAAAGAUCAGUACACACAGAAGUAGUAAAGGCUUUCUCAAAAGUAUUGUAUUUAUUGCUUUGAUAUUCAUACAUUUUUCUAAAAAAGUUCAAGUCUAAAUAAAAGGAUAACAUUUAAAUCUGUGAUUUUUAUUUUUUGGAAAAGUUCUUAACCCUUUAACUCCCAGAAGUGAUUAAAAUAAAACUUCUCCCUAAAAUAUCUAUACAUUCUUCAGCAAACAGGUAAUGAGAAUAUUCAAACUUAUCAGGUAGAAGCUACUAUUUUGAUCAAGCACCAAGUUCUCAUAAUUAAUUUGAAAGGAAAUGUGUAGCAGCUAGAGGGGAGAAUUAACAAUCAGAUCUUGGGAGUUCAAGAGUUUUAACCAGCUUCUGUGGUAGUUAGCACACUGGAUUAAGGGUCAAAGGCUGCUACACAUUCCUAGUAAAUUGGUUAUGAGAAUUUGGUGUUAGAGGUCUGCUUGGGAAAUCACUUCCUAGAUAAAACUAAACUAAUACAUUCACCAUCACUUUCACUUGUUGUCUUCACACAUGGCUAAAUUAAUUCUUCUCUGACACUUUGCAGUUUAAAUAAGUUUUACCAUGAGUGGCUGAUGAAUGGUGUACAUUUGCAUAAUGGGUGGCUGUGCCUGAAAAGGGGCCAUGAUACAAAACCCACACAACAGCCUGCUCCAGAUUAAACAGACUGCAGAAGGAGGUUUUAAAAGUGGUGGUAGAUCUCUGCUAACCUGCUUUUAUUCAAACCCCUGACUUUGAGCCAACAUUCAUUGCAGAGCAGAAAAAGUAACUUCAUUUUUUAGCAACUUCAUGUCAUGCCAUUUACUGUUUGUGCUCAGUUCUUCAUUUGCCUUGCCUCCUUCACCAUUGAUAAUCCAACAGUUACACUGAGUGUUUCCCAACAGACUUACAGUAAACUUUUUACAUCAUGU